GGUGCACCUGUUACCUGGUGUGCAAAGACACUUCAAAAGAGGACAGCCUUCGCAGCGGCUUGGUUCAGACACUCUGUGAACUACCUCGCGAUGGCCGGCCAAUGCGUCGCGGUGGCGUCCUUUCUGUCGCUGUUGAUUUCGAGUGCUCGAGAAAGGCCACCGCCGACAUCGAACACGUUCCCAUCGGAGGUGGACUUCGUCGUGGUGGGGGGCGGCUCCGGUGGCAGUGUGGUGGCCAGUCGCCUGUCAGAAGUCCCCAACUGGCAAGUGCUGCUUCUCGAAGCGGGACCGGAGCAAGAUGAAACCACCUACGUACCCACACUGUACGGCUACACAUUCUCCAAGAAGGAGUACGACUGGCAACUCAAGGUUCAGGACACUCCGAAUGACCACACAGGGGCAAUUGCCAGGGCCAAGAUGCUCGGCGGCUGCAGUUCCCACAACGGCGUCAAGUACAUGCGCGGCGAGACAGGCGACUACGACUGCUGGGUGCGGGCCGGCGCCAAGGGCUGGAGCUACAAGGACGUCCUGCCGUUCUUCAAGAAGUCGGAGGACAACCUGGAGCCCGACUUGGCCAGGGACACUGAGUACCAUGCCACCGGCGGCCCCCUCAGCAUUCAACGAUUUCAGUACACUGAUAAAAGCACAGAACUUCUCUUGAAAGCAUACAAAGCCGCGGGGCUCAAAGAAGUCGACCUGAACGGGCCCCACGCGACAGGCUUGGACAGAACGCAGACCAACUCCCGGGCAGGGCGACGCAACAGCACCAACUCGGCCUUCUUGUCCAAGGCCAGGGUGGCUCGGCGCAACCUGCACAUCCUGACCCGCGCGCUGGUCAAGAGGGUCGCCAUCGACCCACGCACCAAGCGCGUCCACGCGGUCGAGUUCACCGACCGGAACGGUGCCGCCAAGGUCGUCAAGGUGAAACGCGAGGUCAUCUUGAGUGCUGGUACGUUCCUGUCACCUCAGCUGCUCAUGGUGUCCGGUGUCGGACCUGUCAAGCAGCUGCGGCAGGCCAAGACCCUCAUCGUGGACGCCCCUGCUGUGGGCCAGAACCUGCAAGACCAUUUGAACACUGUCGCGAGUCCAGUUAUCAACCUUUCGCGGCCCACGUCUGUACCCACGGCCGAUCAGAUGACGUCCGACGCGAAGAACUACGCCCAAAACGGCAAGGGCCCUCUUACCAGUCACGGGGUUGCCGGUGUCAUGGUUCGCGAGCGCAGCCCACUGCAAGCGAAGAACGAGAAGCGCCCGGCCAUGCUCAUUCAGCACCACGGCACCUGGGCCAACAGCAAACCGUUGCUGCCCUACUGCCCGGAAAAGAAGGCGGUCCAAAACAGCACGGCGUCGUACUACAACCAGAUUGCUCUCGACAUCGUGCUCUUGCAUCCGCGAGGAACAGGCGAGGUGCGACUGAAUGUGACUCACCCCCAUGAGGCGCCGGUCAUCUUCCAGAACGUGUUCAGAGACCCCGAGGACCUUCGUGUCUACGCUGCUGGCUUGAAACAAGCCGUGGACCGCUUCAAUUCGUCUCGUACACUGCGAGAGGAGGGCGCGACUGUGUCAAUGCCCUGGACAACGUGCGGUGGACACCAGCAGGGCAGCCAGUCAUGGUACGAGUGCGUGGUGCGCUCGGCGGGCGGUGUGACGUGGGGCCACGGCGUGGGGACCUGCAGCAUCGGCCGCGUGGUGGACAGCCGCCUGCGCGUCCAGGGCGUGCAGGGCCUGCGCGUGGCCGACGCGUCCGUCAUGCCGUGCGUCCCGGGCGGCAACACCAACGGGCCCACCAUCAUGAUCGGCGAGCGGGCCGCGCACUUCAUCAAGGAGGAGCACCGCGCUGGCUGAGGCUCGCCCAGGGUUGGCUACACUGCAAGAAAAAGUGUGACAAAAUGUACAACAAAAACUACAAUAAAAGUACAACAGGGAUUGUAGAAAGUACAACGAGAAUUGUACAAACCACAACGAGGCCCGGACUGCACAGCACUUGUCAGCCGGUUCCAUUGUACUUUGUACAACAGUUGUUGUCGUGCUUUGAAAGUUGAAUAAAAACUUGAAAAAAAUUGCCAGAAA